CCGCCAUUAUCAUUGUGAACUAGUGAAAGUACGCGUGAAGUGAGAAAGUGAAAAAAUAGACUGAAAACUAGUGUUAUUUGUGUGAAAAAGUGCAUUUAAUGUGUUAAUAAACAUGACGGAGUGGUAUAGAAUGAAGAAUGGUUUUAAUAACAAACACAAUUCGUCAGAAUUGUCAGUGGAAACAUCGUGUGAUACAUCGGAUUCUUUUACUUUAUUUUCGGACAAUUUAAGUCCUAUACCAGCGUCAAUAGUGCCUCGGAAGCUGGAUUUUAGUGGUAUGGACGACGAGGACGCUACGAAAAACGCCUGUACAGCCCCUGUCUCACUUAGUCCUCCUUACAAACGAGUGAGAGCGUUAAGGUUAUUCGACAGUCCGCACACACCAAAGACCCUGCUGGAGAAGUGCUCCACCCCCUCACACCCCCACUCCCAGACACGGAUGAGGCUGUUUCCCCCCAAACUUAACGUGCCGACGGGCAUGCCGUCGGGCUCGUCACACCACCUUCACCCGCCGAGUGACGAGGACAGCGCGCUGGGAAGCCUGCUGGGCGGCGCCGGGCCUGACGACAGCGACGACUCACGCUUGACCCGCCGCCCGCUCGCCAACAUCAACCCUUUUACACCUGAUGGUCAAGCGUUGAACAAGAAGAAGCGAGCUCUCUCGAAGACACCAACAUGGGACGCAUCGCCUGAACAACCAGCGAAAAGGCUCAGAGAAUCAAACAUAUCUCGUUACAACGUCGAGUUCGUCGAGUUGGGCGUGAUCGGGCGCGGCCAGUUCGGUCGGGUCACGAAGUGCGUGAACAAGCUGGACGGCUGCGUGUACGCAAUCAAGCGCUCGCUGCGGCCCGUGGCGGGCUCGCAGGCCGAGAGGAUGGCGCUCACCGAGGUUUAUGCGCACGCGGCGCUCGGGAAACACCCUCACGUGGUCAGAUACUACUCAGCGUGGGCUGAGGAUGACCACAUGAUAAUCCAGAACGAGUUCUGCGACGGCGGCUCCCUACAACAGGCUAUAGAGACCAGCCCGUUGGCGGAGAGCGAGUUGCUGGUACUCCUGGCGCACAUAGCUGAUGGACUAGCCUAUAUACAUUCGCUGCAACUCGUUCACAUGGACGUGAAGCCAGGUAACAUCUUCAUAUCGCGGUCGGACGGCGGCGACACCCACAGCUGCGACAGCGAUGAUGAAGAGGGCAGGCGCUCCGACCACAAGUACAAGAUCGGUGAUCUGGGCCACGUGACGUGUAUAUCGUCCCCGACGGUGGAGGAGGGUGACUGCCGAUAUCUGCCCAGAGAAGUGCUGCAGGAUGACUUCGGUCAUCUCACCAAGGCGGACAUAUUCGCUUUUGGUCUGACGCUGUUCGAGGCGGCCGGCGGUGGCCCCCUGCCCCAGAACGGGCCGGCGUGGCACGACAUCCGGGACGGUAAGCUGCCGCACCUGCCUAAACUGUCCCGGGAGUUCAACCAGCUGCUUAAGAAAAUGAUCGACCCGGAUCCGACGCAGCGGCCGUCCGCGGUGCGCCUGCGCAGGCACCCGCUGCUGCACCCGUGCGGGAACAAGAGCAAGUCGCAGCUGCUGAGGGAGUUGGCCGCCACCAACAUGAAGAACGAGCUGCUCGCCAGGAAACUGCAGGAAGCAGCCAGAUGUAUAAAAUCUCUAACGCCGAACUUGUCAGUGGGGCAGGAGUCCGCCAAGUUCCGGACCAGGUCCGCCAAGCGCCUCCAGCCGGACUCGCUCCGGACACGCUCCGGGAAGCCCAGAGUGGACGCGCAACUAGCCGACAUGAUACAGUCAGUAACAUCACCAAUCAGAAUACCAAUAGACAGGCGAAACAGACGAACGAAGAAGGUAUAAAAUUAGACUUUAAAGGGUUUAAGGUUUGGUUCUCUAAAGCACUCGGUCUGUCCUUGCGGUUGACCCUGGCAAAUGUCGACUCAGCAGUUUAUAGGCAUAUACUGUGACAUAAGCUCACGCCUAUAACCCCAAUGGGGUUAGUCAGAGUUACAUCGCAUGAUGAACUAAGUACCUACGCUUCACAAUACAUCAUAAAUAUAGUCUAUAUACUGGACAAAUUAAAAAUAAUCAAAUUCAACAUACACACACACAUACACAAAUUCACGCCCGCAAUCCCUAAUGGGGUGGGCAGAGCCACAAGUAAUCAAAAACAACUUGCAGCCACUGUUGAUACGAUGUCGUAAGCUGGAUAUGAUGAACCUUAUGGUGAUAAGGGAUCAGCCUAUCGCCCAUAACAUUAGUCCAUCAUGUUAGAAGACACAAUCCCUCUGUCGGUUUUUACGACAUGCCCGGGAAGACAAGCAGCUGAACGUUUUCUAUGUUUUUUAUUUGCUCCCAGAACAGCAUAGAAGCAAUCAAAUUCAAAAAUAUCUUUAUUCAGUAGGUAACAUAGUUACACUUUGAAUCGUAAUUUUUUACAUAACGAACGUCUCCGCCUGAAACUACUGCAGCUUCCCACAACCUGUAUAGCCGGGGAAAAGCAGCUGCAAGAAAAACUUCGGCACAGGGCCCUAGGCGUUCUUUAAAAAUGUGUAAAAUAUUGUUAUACAAUUGAGUAGUUUUCCAGGUUAAAUGAUG